AUGAGAAGAAUCAGCAACAGAUCCAUUUUGACCCUUCCUCAUGAAGUCAUAUCUGAAAUCUUGGUCCAUUCUCUACCGGUCUACCCUCUUUGUCCCCCACUCACCGGACUCGAGUCUCCUACCCGCCUCCUUUCGGUCUGUCGUCUCUUCCGAAAAAUCGGGUCGUCGACACCUCUGCUUUGGCGCGCGUUCCAAGUGAACGAUGGCACCGAUUCCGAGUCGGUGCUUAUCAAACGCGUGCACACAUGGCUCGCGAGGUCUGGCGCCACACCGCUAUCGAUUAGAUUUGACUUUGACCCCGAUUUGAUGGACAGAGCGGUUGUCUCUGACCUGCUGACUGCGAUCGUGGACAAUCACGGAAUCUCCCUUGUCCGUGGCCCGGCCCCGUUGCUGAAGGAAAUGCGGAUCAUGGUCUGGGAGGAAAGUCUGUGGGACGUCUACCUGGUUGAAUCCGUGGUCCACGAAAUCGAACUCAACGACGUCCCCCGCCUCCGGAGCGUGCGCUUCUGGGAUGUCGAAUGCACUGUCGACUCGCUGCCGUGGUCACAGCUAACGUCGCUCACGCUACAGCACAAGUCACUGGGCCAGUGCUUGCCCCUCUUAACGCGGGCCACCAACCUCGUUCGGUGUAGCUUGGGCCUGUGUGACGAAGACCCCCCAAUGCCAGUUGUUGUGCGGCUCCCAUUCUUGGAGACGCUGAUAUUGCGCAGCGACAGCUUCUACGAUCCGGAGGCCAACACUCCCGUGACCCAAUUUCUGGCCUAUUUUCACGUCCCUGCUGUCAAACAACUGCAGGUCCCAAGAUCAUUCCUGUCCAUCGAUCCUGUAGCCUACCUGGAGGUAUUCACAACUCGCUGCGACUGUCGCAUCCACAGUUUGUGCAUCACAGCAGCGUCGGAUUGUGAGCCGGAUGACUUCAAGGGGAUAGUAACUGCCGAUGGACAAGUCAUCAUCAUCGAAGACCAAGACGAUUCAGAGUCGUGGAAGGAGGAGGGACAAUGA